CGCGCUCAGUGGGAGCCGGGCUGUUUCUGUUGCUGCUGUUGCCGCGCCCGCCUGCCCGCCCACCCCAGCGUCCCGGCUGUACCGGUCCCGGGAACCCCACUCCUCCGACCUGGCGCGGAGGCCAGGCGCACGGUCUAUGCUGCCCCCGCGCACGCCCAGCCCGGGCACCGGACCCCAGACCAGCACCUGAGCGCGCACCCGGAGCGCGGGCGGCAGCAGGGGCUGGGGCAAGAUGGGGAAAUUUCAGUCCAAGCACGCCGCUGCAGCCUUCAAGCGGAGAGAGAGCCCUGAAGGGGACAGCUUCGUGGUGUCUUCGUACUCAAGUGGCCGCAAAGGCAUGGUGGAGGCGGAGCGGCGCGGCGCCGUGGAGCACCGCGCGCGGGACAAGCAGGAACUUCUCAGCGGUGACUCCACAGAGGGACCUUUCCGGGAGGACCAGUGUCCUCUAGAGGUGGCCCUGCCCCCUGAGAAGGCCGAGGGUCGAGAGGUCUUCAGUGCAGAUGAGGCUGAGAGAACAGCAAGCCGCGAGGGCCUUCGAGGCCUGGGCAAGAAGCACCUGAACAUCGACGCGCUCCAGUGUGACGUCUCGGUGGAGGAGGACAACCGCCAGGAGUGGACCUUCACACUCUAUGGAUUCGACAACAGUGGGAAGGCCACCCGGGAGGACAUGUCCAGCCUGAUGCACACCAUCUAUGAGGUCGUCGACGCCUCAGUCAAUCACUCCUCCGGCAGCAGUAAGACCCUCCGUGUGAAGCUGACCGUCAGCCCCGAGCCUUCCAGCAGGAGGAGGGAGAGUCCCCCUGCUGGACAGGACCGGGAGCCCACUCGCUGCAGGACGGAAGGCGAGCUCUCCGAGGACUCCAGGGCGGCUGACAGGAGGCUGGCUGCUUAUAUCAGGAGGUCCAACGCUGACUCCCACCCCUGCCCCGUGAGGGGGCUGUACUGCGUGGAUGAGAACACUGAGCGGAGAAACCACUACCUGGACCUGGCUGGAAUAGAAAACUACACAUCUAAGUUUGGACCUGGGUCCCCACCAACACAGGCCAAGCAGGAGCACCAGGGCAAAGCUUCACACCCCCCAGGCAGGUCUCGCUCCCAGGAGUCGGAUGCACACACCAUGCACAACCGCAGGUCCCAGGUGCUGGCUGACCAUGUCCUGCUGGCCAGUGAGCCCGCUGCCCGGGUCCUGGACAUGCAACCCCGGCUGAAGGGGCAGGAAAAGCAGUUCCUCAAGUCCCCCAAGGGCUCGGGCAGGCCGCCCGGGGUGCCCAGUGGGAGUGUGCCUGGUGGAGGCAAGCCCGGGAGGGCCUUCGGCUACUACCCACCAGCCACCCUGCCCCAGCCCCCCCAGGACGGCCACCACCUCCCACAGCCUCCACCGCAGCCCCCGCCACAGCCCUAUGGCCACAAAAGAUACCGGCAGAAGGGCAGGGAGGGCCACUCACCACUCAAGGCCACACUGGGCCAGCCUGUGGUAAUGGAGCACGAGGUGGUACGGGACCUGCCACCCCUGCUGGUGGGGGAGGCCUACUCAGUGCCCCUGGUCCAGCGCCACGAGCACCACCACCACCACGAACACCACCACCACCACCACUACCACCACCACCACCCAUCCUAGCGUGCACCCCCUGGCCGGCUGCCCCGACCAGGUGCCCAGCUCCAGGUCUCUGGCGUGGGCGUCUGAGGUGGCACCAGUGAACACUGCGGAGAAGGCCCUUCCUCUGCUCUCCUUUCCUCCAUGCUCUCGGUGGACGACAUGUUGAACACAUUUGAUGCCACUGACGUUUCACAGUUAUGAAGUGAUCCUGUGUAACCUAUAAAACCACAUGUAAGCACAGACGAGUACAAUUGUAUCUUUCAUUUAUGAUUCCGAAGUGAGCCCUCCUGGCCUGGAAGGGACUUGGUUCAAGUGACUUCCGAGUUUUCCUCAAGGAAACGCCUCCUACUCCACGUGCCUUGGACUGAGAUGUGCAGAGUGGCGAGGCCUUGAUGUUACGGAGCCAGCAGUGAAUGUACAGCGUCACAGCCCUUGUGUAUUACUCAUCCAGGUUCUGGGGAGUGACCGUUCCUCGGUGCGCUGCAUGUGCGGUGCUGAGUUCUGCUCCACCACACUGAGUACAGCUCACAACAGUUGGGCAGCCAUGAGGGUGCUGUGAAGUGCUCCCCAAACAGUAGUCAAUAAAUUCUGGAAGUGAGGCCAUGAGCGCAAAGGGAGAGCACAGGUGGGCUGGUGCCGGCACCAUCAUCUUAAGUGGACGCAGACAUGGACAGCAAGGCCAGGGGGUGGUAGUUUCUCACACGCUCAGUCUGCUGGACAGGAGGCGGGAUGUGUGUCCUCUGGGCUCACACACAGAGCAUCUUAGUGCUUGUGGCAGUUUCUGUGAUGUCUGCUAGCAGAAAAAACGGUGGGAUCCCCCUUGGGAAAGGGGCAGUGAUGGUGUCUGAGGGCCACAGAACCCUGGCUGGCAGCGGCCCCCGUGGCAGGCGGGGCUGCUCCUCCCUCCACCGCAGGUGAGCAAGUGGACUUUCUGGCAGCUUGAGAGUCUGGGCAGGUGGUUUUGCAUUCGCCUUCACGGAACUGUUUCUAAGAAUUGAGCAAAUUGGUGGUCGCCUUGUAAUUGAGGUGUUUUCCCCCAGGCAUAAUAAAAAUGCGCAUUUUGUAAUAUGUCA